AUGUCGACACUGAUCAAACCUCCACCAGCUGACCCCAGCAAGUCUGCAAUCGAGAGCGUGCUUGAGCUCAAGCAAUUAACCGACAUUGACCCUGGUAUCUUUACCAAUACACGACCACUAUGGCACCCUCCAGGUGCUCGUGGUAUCUACGGAGGCAUGUUGUCUCUAUGUGCCGAAUCUAGUCGACAACUUCUGACAAAGCACNNAGGUGCCGUGAUCGCCCAGUGUCUUGCGGCAGCGCAACGAACAGUCCGUGAUGACUUCACCGUCCACAGCAUGCACUGCUACUUUGUGCUAGCUGGCAAUGCGGAAAUCCCAAUCAUGUAUCACGUCGAAAAAGUCCGAGAUGGUCGAAGCUUCGCUACACGCACCGUACAAGCACGACAGCGCGGACGUCCCAUNUUUACAACAACCAUGUCGUUUGUACGAGAAAACAGCGGAGGUUCUGAGCGGGUCGAACACGCAGUCGACAUGCCGCCAGUGCCUGGACCUUCGGAGGACUUGAACAUUCCAGAACAGGACAAUAGCCCCUUUCAAAGCCAACGCAUACAUAUUCUCAAUCACGAAUCAGGUCGACCGCAAGAUAAAAAGACAAGACAGUGGAUCAAAGCUAGGGGCAAGAUCAGUCCAAGUGGAGGACACCAGGCACAUCUAUCGGCUCUGGCAUACAUGAGCGAUAGCUACUUCAUAGGCACAGUGUCACGGGUGCAUCGGCUGUGGAGAUUCUCGACAGCGGACAAGGACGGCAAGUCGACGAUUGACAACUCUGUGCUCGAGAAGCUUCGUGAUAUGGAUGAUGAUACGCUGCGGAGAAUGCAAGGAAUGGACGAAGAUGUCAUUUUGGCAUUGAGAAACAUGAAAGACAUCAACAGCGUAGAGCAGAGACGACCAGAAGUGGGCAUGAUGGUAAGUCUGGAUCAUACCAUCUACUUCCACUCGCCGCGCAACUUUCGUGCAGAUGAGUGGAUGUUUACGGAAAUGGAGAGUCCAUGGGCAGGAGAUGGCAGAGGGCUGGUACUGCAGAGGAUGUUCACAAAAGACGGCGAGCUGGUUGCAACGUGUGUGCAAGAGGGCGUGGUUCGACUGAAGGACAACAACAGGGCCAAGGAGGGAUCGAGCAAACUGUGA